UUGUGGUCUACAACAUGCAAUCUGAAGUUCCAGCACAUUCCUAGCAGUUUGAUUUUGAAGCGGUGGACAAGAGCAGCAAAAACUGGAGGGAACUUUUCUUUUGAAGUUCCGUCUACUGAUAGUCCAUCGAAAUACCGUUCUCGUCUUUUCAAUCUGUCAGCUGUUUCUGCAUCAAUGAUCAGCUGGGUUGCACUGGAUGAUGAUUUGUAUAAAUCAGCCAUGGCCUUCAUGACUGAUUUGAUCAAAAAGUGUGAAGCCCUAUCGAUUACUGAACCUGCUGGAACAAACACGUCUUCUAACGGUGACAAUGAUGUACCGGUCCAAAAAGUGAAGGGGUUU